GUUGUCCGGACUUUACUACUGGAACUCUUCAUGGGAGAUCGAACUUUCCGGGUCCGCUCAUGCUGGUGUUUAUGAUUUUGCUGACUCUUGAAAGAACAUAAUGUUUUAUCACGUUUCUCUAGAACAUGAAAUCUUGUUACAUCCAAGAUAUUUUGGUCCAAAUCUUCUCAACAUUGUAAAACAGAAACUCUUCACAGAAGUAGAAGGAACAUGUACAGGAAAAUAUGGCUUCGUCAUCGCAGUGACCACAAUCGACAAUAUAGGAGCUGGGAUGAUCCAGCCCAGUGCAGGAUUUGUCCUGUACCCCAUUAAGUACAAAGCUAUUGUGUUCCGUCCCUUCAAGGGGGAAGUGUUGGAUGCUGUUGUAACACAGGUCAACAAGGUUGGGCUCUUCACAGAAAUUGGCCCCCUCUCCUGCUUCAUCUCCAGACAUUCUAUUCCCGCAGACAUGGAGUUUGACCCCAAUUCAAAUCCUCCAUGCUACAAGACAAAAGAUGAGGAUAUUGUGAUCCAGCAAGAUGAUGAAAUCAGAAUCAAGAUUGUGGGCACAAGAGUUGAUGCAAAGGACAUUUUUGCAAUUGGAACUCUGAUGGAUGAUUACUUAGGUCUGGUGAGCUGAGAAGUCAUUUCAAGAUCUGUUUCUGGUGUACAUAGCAGGACUGUCAGAAGAUGGGGUGGGGGUGUCAUAACUAAUUUCUUCAUUCAUGUUGCUGUAAACCUUGUGUCAGUUUAACAAUUAACAAUUACUGAAUACAUAGUAUGUACAAUGCAUGGUUCUGUGUGUUUUAUGGAUCACAGUGACAGGUAUGGGUAUCCUUCAUGUGAAGAACAAACAGAUGAUCUAAUGGGAUGGAGCCAUCUCAUUUUCAUCUUCAUCUCAUCCUCAGUAUUCUGUUGGACCAUGUCUCCAUUCUAUUAUGAUAUAUAUCCUCGACCCAUUAGCCAUCUUGCAUUCAUUUUGAGGCUGGAUUAAAGAUAUGAUGCUAAAAAUAUACAUCCAAUCAAAUUACUCUUUUCUUCAAUGGUUUAAAAAAAGCAGCCACAUUAUUAAUAAUUGAUUUGACUUAAGUAUGUCCUUGUAAGCACAACCUGAAUGUCUUUAAGCACAACCCCCUGGUGUUUUGCUCUGAAAAUUUUUUCCAGCAGAAACAAAACUGGCAUGUAAUUAACGAUUUUGAAUGUAGAUCUGUGCAGAAUUUUUAUUAGAUUUUGGUUUCAAGUCCAUGAGUGGGACAAAUGCUGUGCGAAGUUCAUGAAACGAGAGAUUUAGCUUGUGGCUUCUCACCCAAAACAAAACUUUGAUGGCGAUUGUGUCUUGACUGCUAUUCAUGAUAGAAUGGAGGCAGAAUACAUUUGAUAAUCAAGGAUUAACUUACAUGUCAUACAUUGUUCUCAACUAUUUGUGUGUUCAUGUUAAGGGUACAUUAGUCGAAACUAUCUGAGUACACUGUGCUACAUUUUGUCCAGGAUUCGUUCAUUAUCAUCAGUCCAUGUUGCCAUUGGAUCUGGCAGGAUCUCAAAUCUUUGCCAGCAUUUUACAUAUUUCACCCUGUCAUCACAACAUUUUUUGAAAAUAAAAUAUGUGGUAAUUGUAA